GCAACAGUUGCCCCGGUGAGGGAACACGGAGGGCGCCAUAGCCACCGUAGUCGUGGCGACCAGGAAACCCGGCAACAACAACAACUACCGCCCACCCUCCCCACCUCAACGCGAUUCCCGCCAAAAUCGGGAGAGGGCACGAUAGUCGCGACUCCGUCCCUGCCCCUCCCCCUGAGGGGACGCGGCCUCGCGGGGCCGGGACGGUCCAGGAAGCAAAAAAAAGCCUUAUUUAUUAUCAUUUUCCCCACUGUUGGCAUGGCAACACAGGCGUACGUUACGGAAUUACAGGCAGCUCAACAACAGUCACAACAGCAGCAGCAGCCACAGCCACAGCCAGCAGCAACACCAGCCACGGCGACACCUGUGACAGCAACAGCUCAACAGCAGUAUGUGGCAGAAUUGCAAAGUGCCCAGCAGCCACAACCUGCUCCAAAACAGUAUGUCUCAGAAAUUCCGCCUCCUCAGACACAGGCUCCACCCACUGGCCAGCAAACACCAACACCAGCCCCACAGCAGUACAUUGUCGUGACUGUCUCAGAAGGCUCCAUGAGGCCCAGUGACACGGUCUCAGAGUCCAGUCCAGGUUCUGCAGCCACACAGUCAGGGGUACCAACUCAGGUGGUCCAGCAAGUCCAGGCUACUCAGCAGAGGUUAUUGGUCCAAGCCAGUGUGCAGACUAAGCCAGGAACAGUAUCCCCUCUGCAGCUCACAGGUGUGCAAGUACCCCAACAGCGGCUGGUGGUACAGAGUACUUCACAGGCUAGUAAAGGAGGACCGGUCGCGCUGGCCGUCCAUGGUGUGCAGCAGGUCCACUCUUCACCUGAGCGUUCCCCAGUCCAGAACAGCAGCUCUGCCACCAAACCGGGACAAGUCCAGCAGCUCCAGGUUCACGGAGUCCAGCAAGUGCCUGUUGCACAAGAGAGGUCAGUUGUGCAGACCACUUCCUCGACUCCCAAAGCCGGCACUGUGCAACAGCUGGCAGUACAAGGACUCCAGCAGGUUCAUGUUACUCAAGAGAGCGCAGACAGUGGCCCUUCUAAGAGCAGUCAGCAGUCACAGCAGCAGUCGCAGCAAGCAGUGCAGCAAGGUCUCUCCUUAGAGUGCAGCAGCAGCAGCAGCAGCAACAGCAGCAGCAGCAGCAGCAGUGCACCCCAGCUGGCCAGCUGCUGCCUCUCCAGUCCGGAGCACAGGCUGCACUACCUGCACUCCCUAGAGUCUGCCUCGGAGCAGUGGGUGGAGCUGGUCCGCAUGCUUCCUCAGCCGCUCCUCCUGCCGCAACAGAAGGUGGUGAUAGAACAGCUGCCGUUCCUCUCCUCUCAUCACUCCAGCCCAGACCAGAGAGUCAAGAUUCAGAGAGUCCCUCAGGUGCUAGUGUUUGGAACAGCAGCUACAGCUCUUAAAGUUCAGCAGCUCCAGCAGGUACCAGUGCAGCAUGUCUAUCCCAACCAGGUGCAGUAUGUGGAAGGAGGAGAUGCCAGCUACACCGCAAGUACCAUACGCUCCAACACUUACCCCUAUACGGAGACCCCUCUCUAUACACAGAACGCUGGAGCAAACUACUAUGAAUCACAAGGCACCCCAACACAGGUUUCCACCCCAGCAACCUCUCAGACAGUGGCCAGCAGUGGAUCGGUGCCCAUGUAUGUCUCUGGAGGGCAAAUCAUAGCCAACCCAAGUGGAGGCAGCAGUGCCGGAGGAGGAGGUGGUGGCGCCAGCAGUGGCAGCAGUGCCGGAGGAGGAGGUGGCAGUGGUGGCGGUGGCGGCAGUACAGGGACCUACGUGAUUCAAGGAGGUUACAUGCUGGGAAGUUCAAGCCAGUCCUACUCGCACACCACCCGUGCCUCCCCAGCAACAGUCCAGUGGCUGUUGGAUAACUACGAGACUGCAGAGGGUGUAAGCCUUCCACGCAGCACCUUGUAUUGCCAUUACCUCCUGCACUGCCAGGAACAGAAACUGGAGCCAGUCAAUGCAGCAUCCUUUGGCAAACUGAUCCGCUCAGUGUUUAUGGGACUCCGCACCCGCCGGCUUGGAACCAGAGGGAACUCCAAGUACCACUACUAUGGGCUGCGCAUCAAAGCCAACUCCCCACUGCUACGGCUCAUGGAGGACCAGCAGCACCUGGCCAUGAGGCAGCAGCCCUUUUCCCAGAAGCAAAGGCUCAAACCCAUUCAGAAGAUGGAGGGCAUGACCAAUGGCGUGGCUGUGGGGCAGCAGCAAGCCUCAGGACUGUCUGAUAUCAGUGCCCAAGUGCAGCAGUACCAGCAGUUCCUGGAUGCUUCUCGCAGCCUGCCUGAUUUUGCAGAGGUAGACCUACAAGGGAAGGCCCUCCCAGAGGGCAUUGGGGCCGAGGAGGUGAAGGCUUUCCAGCUGCUCUAUCGAGAGCAUUGUGAGGCCAUUGUUGAUGUGAUGGUAAACCUGCAGUUCACACUGGUGGAGACACUCUGGAAGACUUUUUGGAGGUAUAAUAUGAACCAGCCCAGUGAAGCCAACCCCAUCGUUGUCCACGACGAAGCAGAGAAGCGUCUCCCAAAGAGCUGCCUGGUGACCCUGUCCAAGUACGAGCCUGUCCUCAAGUGGGCCAAGGACUGUGACAACCUGCUGUACCAGGGGCUGGUGGAGGUCCUGGUCCCAGACGUGCUUCGGCCCAUUCCGAGUGCCUUGACGCAAGCAAUCCGAAAUUUUGCAAAAAGUUUGGAGAGCUGGCUGACGAAUGCCAUGAUGAAUAUUCCCGAAGAGAUGGUCCGUGUGAAGGUGGCAGCAGCAAGUGCCUUUGCCCAGACCCUGCGGCGCUACACCUCCCUGAACCAUCUUGCCCAGGCUGCCCGGGCCGUCUUACAGAACACAGCCCAAAUCAAUCAGAUGCUGAGUGACCUCAACCGGGUGGAUUUUGCCAAUGUCCAGGAGCAGGCCUCAUGGGUGUGCCGGUGUGAGGAUCGUGUGGUGCAGCGCCUGGAGCAGGACUUUAAGAUGACUCUGCAGCAGCAGAAUUCCCUGGAGCAGUGGGCAUUGUGGCUGGAUGGUGUGGUCAGCCAGGUGCUCAAGCCCUACCAUGGCAGCCCCGGCUUCCCCAAAGCCGCUAAACUCUUCCUCCUCAAGUGGUCCUUCUACAGCUCCAUGGUGAUUCGGGAUCUGACCCUGCGGAGUGCGGCCAGUUUUGGCUCCUUCCAUCUCAUCCGCCUCCUCUAUGAUGAGUACAUGUAUUACCUGAUAGAGCACCGGGUGGCCCAGGCCAAAGGCGAAACCCCCAUUGCCGUCAUGGGAGAGUUUGCAAACCUGACGAGCUCCUUGAACCCCUUGGAUCCCGAUAAAGAUGAGGAGGAGGAGGAGGAAGAAGAGAGUGACGAGGAGAUGCCCCAGGAACUCUCUCUCAGCUCCAACGAGUCCAGCAGCUUAACAGCCGAGCCCAUGGAGCCACCCUCGAAGCUGGCACGGACAGACUCACGGGGCAUCUUUGUGCAAGCACUGCCCUCCAGUUAGAGAGUCCGCAAGGGAGGGAUGGACUGCUCAGUGGCCCGCCGGAAGCUGGGCUGCAUCUCAUGCUGUGCUACACUUCCCUGCGAUAAAGAUGAGCUAUUCCCUGUCUCCGAGUGGUAUGCAACGCGCUUUCAUUUCACACCUCCCCCUGCCCCCAGGGAGCCCAGGCAGGGCCUCAGUGGGGAGCGCUCCCCCCAGAGACCUGCCCCGUCUCUGGCGGCAUGGAGGGUGCUGGGCCUCGUCUUGGUUUGUCUGUCUGGGAUGGUUUCUGCCACUGCCCAGUUGCCCCGCUGAUUUCCAAGGGUAGAGAAAGCUGGCGUAGCGUGAGUGCCCUACACCCUUCAUCCAUGGCGACUUCUACUGGCGGGGAUGAAGCGUGCUUGCCCAUACGUGGGUCCCAGCCCCUGGCUCUCUGCUCAUCCGUGCAGGAGGGCUUUUAAACCCUAAGACUGGAGCAGGCUUACCUGGGAGCUGGCGCUCUCUGCCUCUUGGCACGGACAAAGAGAUGCCCAGUAUCUGGUAAGCCCGGCGACUUCCGGUGGGUGCCCAGAUGGGCCACGGAGACAGCUGCUUGGCAAGUGGGAGUCCACCUGUUUCGUUCAAGCUGAAUGUCACUGUAUUACGGGGAACCUUUUCUCUGCCUGGGAGUAAUCAUUCCUGGGUGUCUGCCUUAGUUUUGUGCUUCUGGAGGCUAUUGGGAACAGGGUUUGGGCUUCAAGGAGCCGGGGGAGGACCUAGUGCUUGGGGGUUGGAUGACCCACAUCCAUAGGAAUUGGGCCAGCUUGGAGGUGGGAUGCUGCACUAAUCUCACAGCUUCAGCUUGGGCUCUGGGUCACGAUGGGCAGCAGCUGAACCCAACAGUGAGGUUUCUCAGUACAAUGUGCUACUGGACUUUGGGCUGCCUCAUGCCACUCUAGGCGUGGAGAGGAGAAUUUUGAGGCGAGCAGCAUGUGCUCUGUGCAAUCGUAGUGGUGUCCAAGUUCCUGUGUGCCACAACCAUGUGCCUGACGACUGUGUGCAUGGAUUGGGGGAAGGGGGCCAUCUGCUCCACCUGCCUCUGUAAGCUGGCAGGAUCAUAACCCAAAGAGUGCACCGGUGGCCGAUAAGCCAAUUGGCCGGGUCGCCAUGAAAAAGACAGGAGCUCUGAGCCUGCAGCACCAACAGUCUUGGUGCGUAAUAGAACUCAACUCAUUCAGAUUCCUCAGUUGCUUAGAAGCAAGUUGUCCAGGCUUGGGGAAACAAAAUGGAACUGGCCUCAUAGCAAGCAUGUCCUUGAAGAUACCUCCUCCCUACAGUGCAGCGGAGCGUCUGUUGUAAAGGCUUUGGAUGUUGCCAUUCUUGCUGGUCCAUUUGGGGGCAGGUGGAGAAAGAGAGAGAGAGAGAGAGCAGCUGUAUUCUCUGAUGCUUUAUUCCCCUGCUGAUUAGUUUUGGAGUAUGUCGGUUGGGGCCAAUGGGUGCUCCUCCUCCUGCAGGCAACAGGCCAGCGGCUUAUGGCUCUUGAGCAGGUGUUGUCUUGAGCCUGCUCUCCGCGAGGAAUCAAGAAGUCUCGCCUGCUGUCAGCAGAAAGCCAGUCCAAGUGAUCCCUUUGAGCGCUACCAGCAGCAAGUCAGGCUCCCUGCUCCUUACCUAGUUGAGACAGAGUCAUGUUAGAGUCCAGACACCAGAGUACGUUCCACACCCUCUCUUGCAUUUGCUGGCUUUUCUAAGCACGAGGCUCCUCCUUUGGUGUGCCGAAUCAUGGCAGUAGCUGGAGGCCUUUUUAGAAGAGACUCUUCCUCCAAGCCCCUUCCUGCCAAUCGCCUGCUUGCUGUAGAAACCUUACUUUGCAGCACCACUGACACUGGCUGGCAGGCAAGUCUGCGUUAGUCUUUGCAGCAGCAGCCAGCAGGGCACCUGGCUCCUGGCCAAGGAGUUGGCAUUCUUCCCGUGGAUGCUGAACCCAGCCAUUCUAGUGCUGGGGGCUGGGGUUAGUCCACCGCAGGAGCCACUACAAUCUAUGCAGCAGAGCAGCAGUGUGCACUUUCAUCUCAUGUUGCAGCCCAAAUCAGCCACACAGCAGUGUGCCUAGGCCAGAGGAUGUGGACUGAAUCUGCACUAGUCACACUGAUACAGCCUCUCUAGUGUCCCAAGAGGCAGGCAGGCAGGCAGGCAGGCUCAGAAAGGAGGGAGCAAAGCAGCCUCAAAUGCACUUGGAAGAAGCAAGAUUCAGUUGGGGAGCUAUCUUUGAGGCCAGGAAUGCAAAUGCUCAUGUUCCUGUCUGACUGCCAGGGCUGGAGUGAGUGGUAGUUGCAAGUAUGUUUUGAUUCACAGCCUACCAACUCAAAAAAAAAACCCCACAAAACCCCCCACUACUUGUAGUAUAGAGAUUGUGGUUCUAGUAGCUGUCGCUACUGCUUUAUUCUGCAACCAGGCUGGAUGUCAUUCCUCACCUUAGCACAUUAAUCUUGCCAGAUCUGGAAGAUUGCGCCUACCUGUGCAAACAUUAUUUGCUGAUCUCUGACUUUCAAAAGAGGCUUUCAGGCACUAGCCCUAAACAUCCUCCACCCCGUGAAUCCCAGUCAACAGUGAUACUAAUGAAAUCAGCUCUCUUCAGAACUACCUAUAUCCAGGACAACUUCUGACGUGUCUGUGGGCCUUUGUGAAUUAUGGAUGUGCAAUGGGAGAAGAGGAAAAAGGGCCUGCCUCUAUAUCCCCAUAAUUCCCAAUAAUCCAUUUGCUUGCUGCUAGAUGUUUAUGGGCCUUUUGAUCCAAGUUGCUACCUAAAGGCACACAGAUGGCGGAUGGAGGUUGUUCAGCUCAUUGCAGCCGGUCAAGCAGAUAGCUCAUACCUGCUUUUCCUCCUGCUAGGAGAACAGGUGUGCUGAGCAUACAUGCAACAGGGCGAUCUCCAUCAGAUUCAACAGCAGAAACUACCAAUGGAGAUUCACAGCUGCAGCUUCCGCAUCAUCUGAUUCCCACCCAGUUUAUAAAGCAGUUUAUAAAGUUCCCAACUGCUUCAAGCUGCCAUGAUGGCUUAGCACUCAGGACCUCCAGGAUGACCCAGUCACACAAACACAUGAGCAGGUUGCAUAGUUGCAGGUAAUUUUGAGUGCAUCAGGGUCACAGACAGGUCUUGCCCUUUUACUUCUAAUGAGCAGACUAGCCCCUGCCUAGCUUCUUUCUGCAGCACAGCAGAGUGUGUUCAGUGUCGGCAGGGGGCAGGGAGUGCGAACAGGAACUUAGCCACUUUGUGCUCCUUAUUAAAGUGCAAUCUGAAUCAGCCCUUCUGUACAAGUAGGCUCUUUCUCCAAAAAUAAUAAUAAUUUUUUUAAAAGCCCUGUUGCCCAAGCCAGCAAAAUUUCUCCUCACGUCACUGAUGGGAGGAACACAGGUGCCAAACUUUUUGCUUUGCUCCUGUAGCAAAAUGCUGCCCGGGAGAAAGAUUUUUGCACAAAGCACCUGUUAGUUUUGAACUGCACCAGAUAGGCAGCAUCUUGAAGAUGCAGGUGACAAAGGGGAUCUUUUCUCCCCUUGCUGGAGGUCUCACAGCCAGUCCCCACCUCACCCCCAGAGAGCAGCGCAUCUCAAAAAGCACCUUAAUUACUAUACCUGCCUCUUCUGCAGUUUUCAGUUUCACAGCAUCAGCUCACAUAUUAUGACCAGUUUCUACAAAAUGCCAUUUCUGGUUUUACAUCAAAUAAGCGGCUCAGUUGCCAGCGUAGUGAAUGCACCCACACACCUCAGAAAGCUAGGUGUGCCCAGCAGUGAGGAAGGGUUUAUGUCAUAGCCCAACAGGGGAUGAGCUAUAAGGACAGGCAGUAAUCAAGGUUCAAGAAAUGGACUCCUCUGCUCUAAUGUUGCCCCCAUCCCUGCUCUCUGAAAUGUGUGCAGAUUGGCAUUUCUUUUAGCUUUAGGAAAGCCCUAUGGUAAGAAAAUGGAACAUUGUUUGCAAACAAGAAGGAAAAAAAAAGCCUUGCUUCUGUGAGCUAGCUAUUCCCUCGAACUGUGCAGAAUGCUGGAGCCACCAAUCACGCAGGACUCAACAUAAAUGAGCUUACCUUUUUAUUCAGUUGCUGCCUUACACAAUGACAAAAACCCUUUCCCCCUCUGAACCAAGAUCCCCUCUAUUCAACAAGCAGAUUGGCUGCAGAGCAGCUAAGGAUAGGUAUCAACAGGUUCAUGGCAGUCUGCUUGCUCCAGACUGUAGAAAUACGUGGUAACUGAGAACAUAACCCUCAGUUUUAAAAAGAAACCAGUCCUCUCUGUUCCCUCUCUGUGAUAGUAAGCAAACAGGUUUGGUUACUUCCUGCUCUUGAGAAAGUAAUCACUUCUGGUUUGUAACUGAAUAUUAGAUAUUCUAGUUUUAAACAGGAAAAAAAAAUCUGUGCUUUUAUAUGUAAUUACUAAUUCUUGUUCUAUAAACCACCUAAAUAUUGUGAGAUUGGUGAAGAUAAAUUACUUGAUAUUUUUGGGUUUUUCAACCAUCAUGGCCUUAUUUGUUCAAUUUUUCCAGUGUUUUAAACCUGUGAUAUAGAUGUUUAUUGCAAAAUCUACAUAUUGUAUAAAAUAUAUAUUUUGUGUCAAUCUUUUGUGCGGCAGCAGCAGCUUUAGCUGCACUAUAGACUUCAAGUGGUUUGAAGAGCUUUGUAGGUGUCCUGGGUCCAUGAAAUGGGCAGUGCCUGUGGUCAGAUGAUGUACGUGUGUGUAGUCUAGAGUGCAAAAGCUGUUUUCUACCUUUUGUAGUUCUUUCUUAAGAAAUAAAUUCAGCCGUGUUCUUUGCCUAG